GUUUUGCAGACCAACGGCGACGACCAACAGGCGAAUAUCCCAACGACACCCCCCACUCAUUCGCACCACAAAGAAGCUGCAGCCAUGAGGUUAGAUCCAAAGCAACUACGCUACAUGUCAAACGACGAGUUCCGUGUCCUCACUGCAGUCGAAAUGGGCUCCCGCAACCACGAAGUAGUCCCCACCCAGCUCAUUUCCCAUAUCGCAAAACUCAAGUCCGGCGGUGUCACAAAAAUCCUCGGCGAGCUCGCCAGGACAAACCUGGUCGCUAGGAUCCAGAACGCAAAGUACGACGGGUACCGCCUGACGUAUGGAGGAUAUGACUACCUUGCAUUGCGGACAAUGUCAAAAAGGGGGUCGAUUUACUCGGUGGGCAACCAAAUUGGUGUCGGGAAGGAGUCGGAUAUCUACAUUGUGGCCGACGAGGAGGGCAACCAACGGGUGUUGAAGCUGCACCGAUUGGGACGAACGUCGUUCCGGAACAUCAAGGAAAAACGUGACUACCUGAAGAACAGGAACGCCGGUUCCUGGCUGUACCUCUCCCGCCUCUCAGCCAUGAAGGAGUACGCUUUCAUGAAGGUUCUCCACGAGAAUGGAUACCCUGUACCUGAACCCUUCGACCAAAGCCGUCACACGGUCGUCAUGGGUCUAGUCGACGCUUUCCCUUUAUGCCAGAUCCAGGAGGUCGAGAAUCCCGGCAAACUCUACUCCAAAUUAAUGGACCUGAUCGUCCGCCUAGCCUGCGCCGGACUGAUCCACGGCGACUUCAACGAGUUCAACAUCAUGAUCAAAGACGACGGCGAGCCCAUCUUGAUUGAUUUCCCGCAGAUGGUAUCCACGUCGCAUCGGAAUGCCGAGAUGUACUUCAACAGAGACGUGGACUGUAUCCGGACCUUCUUCAAGAAGCGGUUCCAUUAUGAGAGCAAGCUGUAUCCCAAGUUUGGCAGAGACGCGGAGCGCGAGUUCUCGCUUGACGUGCAGGUCGCGGCGAGCGGGUUUACGAAGAAGCAGCAGAAUGAGUUUGAGAAGGUAGGGGGCGGGAACGGAUGUGUUGCAGAGUUCAUCCAGCAUGGUCAUUAACCUGCGAAAUGUUUUGG